GUUGCCUCUCGCUCUGUCUCUCUAGCUGCAUCACUCAGGACUGUAAAGCUGUAGCUACUAUUACUGUUAACCAUAACUGUGUGUGUACUCUACUGUCCUGUGGACUCUUGGAUAUUAUUGCAGACUACGUCUUCAGAGAUACUCUACCAGAGAAUAACUAUGGCUCUAUCACUGAACUCCAUCCUGUCUCUCACCAUCAUCACACUCUGUGUGCUCCUGCAGGAGGGUAAGUUAUCAUCCUUUAUACUUACUUUUUAUUCAACAUUUAUAUAACUUUGUUUUGAGCUUAUUCUAAGGUGUGCAUGUGGUACAUGACAAUGCAGAUUUGUAUUCUUUAGUCAUAAAGAUGACUGACAGUGAGUGUGUAUACGUUUUAUUAUACAAGUGUUCCAUUUUAUUUUCAUGAGGCUGUUAAAUUGAACAUGAGGGGUCAUAGCUCAGUUGAGAUGUAGAAUUAUAGCUCAGGGUUGGUUGAGGUGGUGGGGGUAGAUCCAGAAUAACAUGAUAAAACCUACAAUGAUGAAAGAUGGAGAAACACCUGUUUUGUUGUCACACACCGGAUAGGUGCAGUGAAAUGUAUUGUUUUACAGGCUCAGCCAUAGUAGUAUGGCACCCCUGGAGCAAAUUAGGGUUAAGUGCCAUGCUCAAGGGCACAGACAGAUUUUUCACCUUGUCGGCUCGGGUAUUUGAACCAGCGACAUUUCAGUUACUGGCCCAACGCUCUAACCUCUAGGACACCUGCCGCCCUGAUACUAAAACUCCUGCUGCACCAUGCAUGCUUGGUCUUGUCAUUACUUAGUUUCACUCUCAGAAUGAUAACUCAGUUAAUCACGGCUCUGGUAGGUGGGUGGCUAAUGAUCUUGUUGUGAGGUUACUGCAUGACACAUGCUGCCUGAUGCCAGACUUUUUGACCUACUCCCACAGUUGCCCAACAGAGAUAUAAUACAAUACAAUACAAUGACAGAUCCUGCUAGGCUAUACAUGUAAUCACACUCUCUCUGAUAAGAUGCAGAUUAUAUUGGCACAAGUUCAACUCCUAUCACUGCAUUUGACUUGAAACAACCCCAGUUGGCAACAAACACAGUCUUUGUUUUGAUUUGGAUAACAUUUCAUAACAGAUUAGUAAUGAAUCAAAGUUCAAAUGUGUUUGACAAGUACUGAUACAUAGGAGAAUGGGAUGGCAGUUAGCCUACAUGCACUUCUCUGUAUCAGUGAAAAAGGAUUUUCAUUAGGAUGUGGUGACGUGCAUUUGCUCAUUGCUGAUUGUCAAAUUGCACAGUCAUCCAGUGAUUCUGCUGAGUUAUAACCAGGCUCUUAACCAAUGAUCCUUUCUGUCUCUAUAGGUUUUGGGCUACCUGUAUCCAGCCAGCCUGAGCUCCCUGCCCAGUCCCCAUCCCAGAACAGCCCACACCACACCAGGGUUAAACGAUGCUCCUGCAAUAACUGGCUGGACAAUGAAUGCAUCUACUUCUGUCACCUGGACAUCAUUUGGGUCAACACUCCCAAUAAGGUCAUCCCCUACGGUCUUGGAAGCCCCCUGUCCCGACGUCGGCGCUCUACCGGGCGAUGUGAAUGUGCCCACCCAGCCGACAGGACCUGCUCCGGAUUCUGCCACAACAGGUGAGCUCACCUUCAUAGACAAGGAACUUCUACCCUCCUUCCCUCCCUCCCUCCCUCCCUCAUCCUACCCUACUCUUUCCCCUCCUUGCCUCCUUGCUAGAUACCAGAUUGUAUCAAGCCAUUGACUAUCUGUGGCAUUCAGUCGUCUGUGACCAGCCUGUAUCAGGUUGUAUCAGGGCUGCUUGUCGAGGAGAUGCAGGGAGGAGGCGUAUUGUCUUUGUGUCUUAGAUGUGUAACUAGCGAUUGGGGAGGAGGGAGGAGGGGGGAGGGAGGAUGGAUGUGGGAAUAGCCUGCAUGUUCUGGAGGCUUAGAGCUCCCUUACAGACAGGUCCAUUAGUCAUGACACUAUUUUUGGAAUAUUUUACCAGCGGGAAUGUCUGUUGUAUUAAUACAGUUAUUGCUGUUAUGACAUACCAAGGUUGAGGGUUAGUCUGUGUGUCCCAACAAGGUUUUAUCCUGCUUUGUGAAAAGUCACUGAGAACAGGCUGUAGGGCAUGCAGUACAGACAUUACUGGGUUGAAAUCCAUAGCCAACUGUCUCUCACUGCUAGCAUUGUAGAAUUAUGUGGUACAGAAUCCAGUCUCAUGGCCCUUAAGGAAUAGUCUAGAUAAUGUUUUCUUGGUUUUCUCUCAUUUUGACAUGGUUGUUCUUUCUGUCUGCAGCUCAGAGAACCCCAGAUUCGUAGUGGUAGGCCCCUCAGACCAGAUCCUGGAACAGACUGUUAGCAGUCCAGACACAACCAGCAACGAUCUACUGACCUCUCUCAGGUAAGAGAAAAACAAGAUAUCAUCACAACCUUUUAGGACCAGACAGUUUCCCAGACCUAGAUUAAUCUUAUUCCUGUAUCCAUUCAUCUUAUUCCUGUCCCCAUUGAGGAUGUUUUUCAGGCCAGGAGUAUUGGCCCAUAGAGAGAUCCCCACUAACAUUCAGCAAACGUUUUUUUGUGUCAUUGAAAAGACAACAUGGAAUCUGAUCUUAACCUGAUGUUUCUCUCUUUGUUCUUUACAGAAACAUGCUCCGAUCCAACAUGGUUGCCAUUGAGCAGGCUGCUCCCUCCAGGAAGAAGAACGCAUCCAGAGCCAACAGACUGAACAUUGGGUAGAUGAGGAGGAGGGAGGAAGGGGAGCUGAAAGAGGAGCUUGAAGAGCUCCAGAGCAUCCGAACAAAGACCUCCUAGAGGAAACUAGGGAGUCCUCCCCAGGGAAGACAUAGAAGAGAGGUCCUGAGAGGAGAGACCCUGAGAAGAGGGCAAAGAUGGAACACUGCCUACUGGCUGCCCACUGAUUGUUGUAUACCAUACAGUGGACUGGAUAUGGCCAUUAUCUGGAUAUGAGUCUUGGACUAAUUUGGCUAAGACUCUGGUUUAGAAGACUAGGGAGGAUCAAGUGUGUCCACUGUGAACUGUGACAGUCUGGACUAGGAUAGUUACUGACUGUGUGCUGGGCAUGGGUUGUCAUCAUGUCCCAAACAUUAAUACACUUUCUGUGUCUGAGCACCUGAAAUGCAAGCCAAGGCAUUCUGGAGUGAUGUUAGCCUAUGUUUAAUUUACAGGCUUACUUCAUUAGUACUUUGGAAAUAUUGACCACUAUUUUCAUUUGGAUUUUGAUCCUUACUUUACCUGUCACAUGACAUCUACUAUAUCAUAGAAUAACAAAAUACAUAAAGAUUGUUCCUCUGUAUCAGAGAUGUAUUGCCAGUUUAUAGUGAUUGCCAUGCAUGCAUUUAAAUUCCUUGAAAAACUUUUGGCACAUGAAGGACAUUACUUUAAGGGACAGGGAAUUAAUACACACACAGCCUUCCUGUAGCAGCAGAUAAAAGCAGGUCUAUUGUGAUGGCGGGAGUAUUUAUUGCAUAGCCACUGUUGAAUGUUUUGAUUGUAGACAGAGCCAAGGCAGCAGAUUUCAAUGGGUCUGCUCCUUGCCAAAUAUGCAGUGACUGUUUUUCUGCUUUCAACAAAUGUCCAUGUUAUUACACAUUAGGAACUUAUGACACUGCACUUCUGUUCUAAUGCCUUCAAAGGAAUGUGUUUUUAUGUCCAGUAGACUGUAGAUGGGUUGGGCUGAUAGCUGUACUCCAGCCACUGUCUGACCAUUAAGGCAUUUACUGUAAACACUACAUCAGUCUUCCACUGAUUUUGAAGUCCAAUAUCACAAUGCUGUAAAUUUAUGAUAUGAUUAUUUAUUUAUCGUUUGUGUGUUGUUUAGGAAUUAGUGUAUCAAAAUGCUGGACUGUGCUUUUGUUUUAUGGACUGUUAUCUCUAGAAGGACAAUUCCUCCUCAGUAGUCUAUUUAGCAGUCAAGGAAACUGUAGGAAGUUGAAAGAAAUGUUUACUUAUGAAUUGUUCUAUUCCAAGCUAUUCACAUUAUCUACUGUACAUGUACAAAACUCUCCAAUUAUUUAUUUAACUUAUUUUUGGGAUAUAUUUAUAUAUUUGUGUUUUGUGAGUUUAUCAAUUUUAAUAUGUG